AAAAAUAGUAUUUUUUGAGGAGCCGAAGAGGCCGGUGGACGUAAAACAAACCCCAUUAGAAAUCCAGCUCUUAUUGGGAAUUUCAGCACCGGAUCUCAACAUCGCCGGCCGUUCCCUUCUUCUCCUUUUCCUCCUAAUUUCUCCUUCUCAUGGAAGCCGAUGUCUCCAUCCUCUUAUCUGUUUAUCUAGUUUGGUCGAUCGGAAGUCGCCAGAUCAUCCAGGAAUCCAGCAGGAACGGGAAGGGUUGGAAGUGGAUUUAGCUCUGCGAAUUCUCUGUUUGCUGCAUUUGAUCGGGAAUUGUACGUUUUAUUUGUUGAAUUGGAUAUGGGUUUGCUGAAUACAAAGGGAGCAGGGUACCUUUUGGUACUUUUUUGUAUUGUUCUUAAUUCAUUUGUUAGGCUUGCUGGAGCAAAUAUAGUGGUGAUUGGGAAGAACGUAUCUUUGUCAUUUAAUGAUCUUGAGGCCAAUUUUGCUCCAUCUGUUAAAGGAUCUGGUGAAUGUGGGACCUUAUAUUUAGCUGAUCCGCUUACAGCCUGUACUAGCUUGAAGAAUAAGGCAAUUGAAGGCCAGCUUUCUCCGUUUGUGUUAAUUAUAAGAGGGGGUUGCGCAUUUGAUGAUAAAGUUAGAAAUGCACAGAGUGCUGGGUUUAAGGCUGCUAUUGUGUAUGACAAUGAAGAUAGUGGCUCCUUAGUUUCAAUGGCAGGAACUCCAGCUGGCAUACACAUACAUGCAGUUUUUAUCUCUAAAUCAGCUGGUGAAACUUUGAAGAAAUAUGCUGGUCGUACUGAUAUUGAGCUGUGGAUUAUUCCAACCUUUGAAAAUUCAGCAUGGUCGAUCAUGGCCAUCUCUUUCAUAUCUCUGCUAGCCAUGUCUGCUGUGCUUGCAACAUGCUUCUUUGUACGCAGACAUCGUGUGAGGAGAGAUCAGCCUAGACCUCUCAAUGUGAGAGAGUUCCAUGGAAUGAGCAGCCAGUUAGUAAAAGCAAUGCCAAGUCUCAUCUUUACCUCUGUCCUGGAAGAUAAUUGUACUUCAAUAACAUGCGCUAUUUGCUUGGAGGACUACAGUGUUGGAGAACAACUCAGAAUUCUUCCAUGCUGUCACAAGUUCCAUUCAUCCUGCGUUGAUGCAUGGCUUACUUCCUGGAGAACAUUCUGCCCUGUCUGCAAACGUGAUGCGAGAAUGGCCAUGAUGAACCCACCCGCCUCCGAAUCAACUCCCCUGUUUACUCCUGCCGCUGCAUCCUCUCCAAUCCUAUCAUCAUUUCGCUCAUCCUUCCACUCAUCAGUCGCAGCUUCUCCAUCUGCAGCCAUUCCAAUCGGUUCCACAGCGCCUCACUCUCUGCUAACCUCCAGAACCCAUUCCAUCUCCAACAUUCCUCGCCCACCUAUCCCUCAUAGAUCCUAUAACAACUUGACAUCCAUCCACCCAAGCAGGAGCACUGCAGAGCUCAGGAAUGCUACCUCUUCUUAUAGAUCUCAUGCUUCCAGUCUUGCAUCAGCUCACUCAUUGGGUUAUCCCAUCUCUUCCUCUUUUAUCUCCAGGCAUGGUUCUAAUUAUAAUCCUAGUCCUAGUUAUGCCUCCCCUGGCUAUCUCGGCAGGUCUUCAAGCCGUCAUUCAUAUCUUCGACAUUGUGAAUCCGGAACGAGCCUCUCUGCCAUGGAAUCCGCACAUUCUCUUCCAGGACUUCCUUAAGCUUAUCAUUCAUGAUUCCACCUCAAUUGUUUAUCUACUGACAGAUCCGAGCCGGUACUGUGAAUUUAGAAUGAGCUUGAUGAGCUUAUCUUGUGCUUUUCCAGGCCAUCAUUUUGCUUAUUUCGAAGGCCUGGCUUACAUGAGGAAGUAUUAUGUGGAUGGAGCUGGGUGCUUGCAAAUUGUGCCGUAAUGAUUGAAACUUAUUUUUGGCAAAGCUGAAACGGAGAGUGGAUUGACCUUUUGACAUUUUUUUUCACCGGUGGAUUUGGUUUGGUUCUUCAGAAGUUUUGUUCCUUUUCUGUGGUUUGGUGUAUAUAUAUAUAUAUUGUUGUUGAGAAGCAGAUGGUAACCGUAAUUUGUUUUCAGAUUUGUACUAAUUACUGAGCGAUUUUCUGCGAGAUAUAUUCGCUAAAUCUUGCACAUCAUGAAUCCAAUGAUACCUCAGAUCAACUUGCUUCGAACAUGAGUGGAAAUGUGAAAUUCUAACUGAGAUGAAUUGCAUGUGACUAUCACAGUAUAAGAAACCAUCUUGAUUAUGGCCCAAUUUUUGCAAGAAAU